AUGGCCGAUCGGAUUCGGACUGAGUGGAGGCCGAAAACAGACACGGGGCCUGUUGCACGUGGAAGAGGCAGGGCAAGAGCCAGAGAGUAUCGCAAGUCACGAAUACCAACGUUGUUUAGUCGACACUGUUUUGAAAGACCAGUUGCCGGGAUUGGUAUACCGGGAUCUGCGGGUGGAAUGCUUUCCUCUCGCUGUGCUGGCGCAAUGUCCGAUGAAGGGGGGAUGGGUGCCAAUCUUGCAUACCUUACAGGCAUCUGUGUGCCCGGAUGGAUGUGUGGGCGAUGGAUUCAAGGGCAGCAGGUCGUUUUUACUAUGCCAUGGUUCUGA